UGAAUGACUUAGAUGUCAGACAAAAGUGCGUAGAUAUACUAAAAAUAUUUUGCAAAAAUUAUAUAUAUAAAAUUAAAUACAUAUGUAUUUAAAUCUAUUACGGCUCUCAAAACAAAAUAUACAUAUAAAAUUCGCAUGGUAGUCAAUAUGUUAAAGUGAAAGAAUAAAAUACCUGUGUAGACAAGCAGAAAGAAAAUUUGUAUAAACACAAAAUAUAAUUGAAUUCAAUAUACAUACUUGUACAGAGGUUACAAAAAGUAUUGAUAUACCCCAGUAUUUAGUACCUGAUUAUAGUACCCACACACUAAUUAAUUUAAUCUAAGUAUAUAAAAUUUCGUACCAUUUAAUAGUACAUAUUUUCAUAUGGUUACAAAAAUUUAAUACUAUAAAAAUAAAAUGUAGAACUCGAUUAAAAAACGCUUCAUUGGAAAAUAAGAACAUGUGUUAAUAUUUCUUGUAGCCACUGUAAUUUUCAAACGUGAGAGUAAUAUUUCGAAUUUAAGCGCUAGUAUAGUUAGUAUGUUAAAGUUGCGUGGUUUUCAGUAACUUUAGUCCAAUUAGCAUUGUGAAAAAUGGACAAUAGGAUCACAAUAUGUGACCCAGACGAAGAAGAAAUUAACAAUGAAAUAUUUCGGGAUAUCGAGCCAGUCACGUGGAUCAAUGAUGAUCCGAACUAUGAUUUGGAUGAGAUCAACAUGUUCUUCCAUAGGGUGGAUUCAGAUCAGAUUAUAUACGAAGAAAAAAAGAAAAAAUGUAAAUUUAUCGGUAAAUAUGUUAUGGGUGAUGUUCUUGGUGAAGGUAGUUACGGAAAGGUGAAAGAAGUGUUGGACUCAGAGACACUUUGUCGAAGAGCCGUGAAAAUUUUGAAAAGGAAGAAACUUCGUAGAAUCCCAAAUGGAGAGCUUAACGUUCAACGGGAGAUAAGACUAUUAAGGAUAUUAAAACAUAAGAAUGUAAUUAACCUUGUAGAUGUUUUAUAUAAUGAUGAAAAGGAGAAGAUGUACCUAGUUAUGGAAUUUUGUGUAUGUGGAUUACAGGAUAUGUUGGGAAGCACACCUCUUAAGAAGCUUCCAAUUUGGCAAGCACAUGACUAUUUCUGUCAGUUACUGGAUGGUUUAGAAUACCUCUACAGCAAAGGGAUAGUACAUAAAGAUAUAAAACCAGGGAAUUUAUUAUUAGCAUUAGAUGGCACAUUGAAGAUUAGUGAUUUUGGAGUUGCAGAGGCAUUAGAUAUGUUUUCUGAAGAUGAUACAUGUAAAAUGGGACAAGGAUCACCAGCAUUUCAGCCUCCUGAAAUUGCAAAUGGCUGUGAAACAUUUUCUGGUUUUAAAGUAGAUAUAUGGAGCAGUGGAGUUACAUUGUACAAUAUAACUACAGGUCAAUAUCCUUUUCAAGGCGAUAAUAUUUAUAAAUUAUAUGAAAAUAUAGGAAAAGGUGAAUAUACUAUACCUGAAGAAGUAGAAGAGCCACUAAAAUCUCUUAUACAAGGAAUGCUGCAGAAAGAUGCAGAUAAAAGAUUUACUUUGCAACAAGUUAAAAAACACCCAUGGACUAUAUGCAGGCAUCCUAAAACACAAGAAGAAGUGCCUAUACCUCCUCUUAAAGGACAUAAAUGGCACAGCAUGACCGUACUACCGUACCUGAUGGAGUAUCAUUACGGAGGUGACGACAAUCCUACGUAUUAUACCGAACAUCAGCUAAAUGAAGAAAAACGGCUUCAAGAAAUGGACAAAAUUAGUGAAGACCAAAAAACUACUUGGAAUAGUCACAACAGCAAACCAAAUUCACAUCAAAGUAAACGGCGAUGGCGUAAACCAAUUUCGUGUAUUAACGUUAAGAAAUUUCCGUCUUGUAAGCCAUCGUGAUUUGACUCAUUGCCAUGCUUAUCUUUUAUUAUAUAUUUUCCUGACUAUGUCAGAUACAAAGUUUCUCUGCAAUGGAGAUGACUGAAAAUUUAAUAAAUGCUGAACCGUGCUAGAAUAACGACCCAGCUACAGCUCGAAUUGAGUAUAAAAUUUGAACUAAUUCAAAAACAUUGAAAAUGUAAACAUUUGUGAUAUUAAUAUUAAAUAGUCAUAGUAAAUAAUUCAUUAUGAUCUAUUAAUUAUGAGGUUAAUGACUCGACAUCCAAAUAAAGUGAUUUUCUUUCAUGUGCCAUAAUGAAGUUACGAUUAUUAAGGAUAUCUGUUGUUAAACGUCUUUUUUGUACAAUUUCUUUCUUUUUUUUAUUAACUUAGGCGAUAAAAAGAUUUAAAAGGCGACACAGAGAAAAUUAUAAAAUUAUUUUUAGUAUCCUUUUCACAAUCAUCAUUUUGCUAUUGUUCUAUUACUCUCACAUUUUAUAAAUUAAAAAAAGCAUGUUACUCUGAAAGGAAUAUGUGUGAGUUUUUUACUAACUUUGACAUUGUAAGAGUUUGUACUCGUUUUUAUCUCUUCAGUGGAAAGCAGAAACUUUUGUUUAUUAAACAAGCUUAUUUAUAUAGUGCAUCAACAAAAUAUUUGUAAUAUAAAAACUUUAUGACCGAUGUUAUAAUGGGGGAUAAGGUUAUUCGAGCAUACAAGGAGAAUGUUUGGUGCUGACUAAUAUCAAACAUAUGUCACAAAUAUUGUUUUAAAUCGACAUUGAAACUUUCCUCCAAUAUAUGUACAUGUUAAAAAUAUUUUAUAUAUAAUUGUUAUUUAGAAAAUAUGAUCUGUGUUUGUAGACUGCAUAUAUAUUAUAGUAUUAUCAUCGUGAGAUGACUUAUAAACACUUAACGCAAUUCUUGUAACAUGACUUAAUAUAAAACAUCGAUUCUUCUAUAAUACAAGAAUAUUGAGGAUUGUUUCACACAUACUUAUAAUAGAUAUUAUUAAAGCGUACUUGAGUAUCAUUAAGGAUAAAUACAACAUUGUUGAUUUAUAUGUCUACUUUUAAAUUUUGUAUUAAAUAUUCCAUAUUCAUGCUUUAAAUAUUACACCAAGUAUUGCCAAUGGGGUGUGAUAAAUUUGGUGUGUAUAAAAUCUUUGUACAGGAACACAUUACAUAUAUAUAUUUCAAGUACGAAUUGUAAAUGUAACAGUUAAAAGAUAUACGACCAUUUCGACGUUUAGAUAUAUUAUGUAUCUAAUACGCUUCCACAAUAGAAUUAUUUAUUUCAAGAAAGAAAUAUCAACAAAAACUUUAUUGCAGGAAUAAGAAAUAUUCUUUUUAGAAUAAGCGAAGAUCAACGAUAUCGAUAUCGAUGUUAUUUUAAAUAUGCUUAUUUCGCCUGCGCAAUUUAUACAAAAAUAAAAUCAUAAAUUAUUCUCUUUCUCUCUUUCCUUGAUGGAAUUAAGGUGCCUAAAUACUGCCAAGCACUGAAAGCACAUGGAAAAUAGUUAUACUUUUUAUGAUUGUACAUAUUAUAAACAACAAAGAAUUAUAAUUAUUUUUAGUUACAUAAAGAAUGAACGAAAUAAUAAUUAAGUAGGAGUUCAUAUCAAAUUUAUGUGAUAAUCAAAUCUUGCUUUUCUGGUUAAAAACUGUUUACUGUAAAAUUUAUUGUAUAUGUUACUUUAAAGGAUAUGAGGUAUUAGAUAAGAAGUGUAUGAUAACGUUAUGGGGAAAUAGGGAAUAUUGAUGACAUCAAGUUUGGAUACUGCUUUGUUAAUUACCUUUGAUUGAAUAUUUGUUAUUUUACUUAUAUUUUUCAAAUUUAGUAAUAUGCAAAAUAAAAUUAACAAAACUGGUAGUAAAUUUAACAAAAAAAGGACAUAUACACAAAAAUAUAUGUAUACUAUUUUUAUAUAUCAAUAGUAUAUAAUGUCCCCCAAUAUUUGUUUCAAUUGUAAACUUCUUUUUUCCUCAAAUAUUAAUACAAAGUUAUAACUAAAAGGUUAAAAAAAACUAUUAAAAUUAAUGGAGUGAUCUUUUAACGUGUUUAAUUAUCAUGCUAUAAUAAAAUUUGAAUAAAAUAGUUUUUAUAACAAAUGUAAUUUGUUACUAUUGAUUUUUAAUAUAAUUUUUAAUAUUUCUAACGUAAAUAAUUUAAAUUAAAUAGUAGAUAUCAUCAUAAUUUUAAUUAUUAAUACAAAUGAAGUAAAAUUUGUAAAUAAGAUAAUAAAUAUAACGCGAUACAGACCCAAUGCAAUGUAGAAUUGCAUGAAAAAUUUAAGCUAUAUCAUUAUAACAUACUGUAUGCAUAUUUAAAAACCGAUCAGUAUAAAAAUUAAAAAUUAUUGCACAAUUAUAUACACUAAUGUAAUUACAUAGUUUGUAAUUUUUAAUUGUAAUAUAAUCACAUUUGUAUACAAACUAUCAAAACAAAAUAAGAGUAAUUACCAAGUGAGCGACA